UCGCCAUCGUUGUAGAGCUAUUGGGAAAUUUCUUUGUAAAACAAGAUGGCCACUCAAAAUAUGCGGGUUCUGCUGUCUUUUCUUUUGCUGCCUGGUCUGGGGGCUAGGCUGAUUGACCUCUCACACGACCACGGUCCUGACACCAUCAUGGCGCCUGGUCAGCCUAGAUACAACUGGACAGUGGUUUUCUUGGGCGACAUCUUGCCCACCGUCUAUGCUGAGACAGGGGCGUAUUUCACUGGGGAGCAUGGGGGGACCCACAUCGACGCCCCUGCACAUUUCACUAAAGGAGGUAUGAGACUGGAGAAGGUUCCAAUAGAGCUGACCAUAGCUGACGGUUGUAUGAUAGACGUCUCUACAGAAGCAGGUCAGACACCUGGAUAUCAGGUGCCACUCCAGAAGAUCCUGGACUGGGAGCAAGCCCACGGCGAAAUCCCCCAAAAAUCAGCUGUCAUCUUCAAUUUCGGCUGGUCCAAAUAUUACACGAACAGGACUCAGUACCUCGGCACGGAGACAGAGGAUGUCACGAAAUUCGUCUUCCCGUCUGUGAGCAGAGAGGCAGGCCUGUUCCUCCACACACAACGGAACAUUCAGAUCAUCGGCGUAGAUUCCCUCAACCCUGAUGCCUUCAGCGUCAACGGUCAACUAGCAGACGGCAUGCCGAUUCACCAGAACUUUCUCCCAAACAACAAACUCAUCGUGGAGAACCUGAAGGGCACGGAGCAGCUGCCGGCAAGAGGUUUCCGGUUCCACGCCACGCCGGUUAAGUACGUGGGAGGAACCGGCGCUCAAGUCCGCGCAUUUGCUAUGACGUAUGACAGGUCCGACAACAGCUGUGACUCGGUACCUGCUCUCUGGGCCAAUGUUUUGCUAAUCUUGACUACAGUCCUCAUCGCUUCAAUUCUUUGGUAAUUAAUCCAGCAAUUGUGUGUUAAUUAAUCCAGCAAU